AUGCCCCAGCAACAUCUACCAUCUCAACAUGCCUCAGCAGCACCUACCAUCGCAACAUCCCCUAGCAGCAUCUACCAUCGCAACAUCCCCCAGCAUCUACCAUCGCAACAUCCCCUAGCAGCAUCUACCAUCGCAACAUCCCCUCGCAGCAUCUACCAUCCAUCUACCGUCGCAACAUCCCAUAGCAGCAUCUACCAUCGCAACAUCCCCCAGCAUCUACCAUCGCAACAUCCCCUAGCAGCAUCUACCAUCGCAACAUCCCCCAGCAUCGACCAUCGCAACAUACCCCAGCAUUCACCAUCGCAACAUCCCCCAGCAUCUACCAUCGCAACAUCCCCUAGCAGCAUCCACCAUCGCAACAUCCCCCAGCAUCUACCAUCGCAACAUCCCCUAGCAGCAUCUACCAUCGCAACAUCCCCCAGCAUCCACCAUCGCAACAUCCCCCAGCAUCUACCAUCGCAACAUCCCCUAGCAGCAUCCGUCAUCGCAGAAUGCCUUAGCAUCUAUCGUCGCAACAUCCCCCAGCAGCAUCUACCAUCGCAGCAUGCCCCAGCAACAUCUAUCAGCGCAGAAUGCCUUAGCAUCUAUCGUCGCAACAUCCCCCAGCAGCAUCUACCAGCGCAACAUCCCCUUGCAACAUCUAACAUCACAACAUGCCCCAGAAGCACCUAA